AUGGCGCCGAGCAGAGGGAAGGGCAAGGCCGCAGUGAAGCCUACUGCCAGCUCAUCUCGUUCAUCCGGACGCAGAACUACGCGAUCCCGAGGCACUGUCCACGACGAUGACGUUCCGGAUGUCUACCAGUCCUUGUUGGCUGAGGCUGACGAUACUGGGAAUGACCGGGAUCGCGACAGACCGCUGAAGAAACGCAAGGUUACACCCUCGAAGAAGAGUGCUGUUGAGAAACAGGCCUUUUCCCCCGCGGGUAUCGGUCCGUCUAAAGAGUCUGAAAAACCAGUGCCAAGCGAAAGGCCAUCCAGCCCCCACGAACCACCAGCGUCUUCUCUACAAACUGUAGAGGAUUCUUCAGAGUCAGAUGCGAGCGAGUUUGAGUUUGAAGACGUCGAUCUGGAUGGGCCAGGUCCUGAUCCUGCAGAUGGUAUCGAGGAUUUGGCGAUAUCAGUACAGCCAGAAAGCAGCUCCAAACGACCAGCCCAGUCGAGAAGGAAGCCUGCUUCUGUUGCUGAAAAGUCGCAACGUCUUCUCGUCCAUAAAAUCCACGUUCUCUGCAUGCUGACUCAUUGCAUGCACGUCAAUGGACGAUGCAAUAACCCUACGGCCCAGAAGCAUCUCAGGAAACUGCUCUCACCGAAAACGAUAUCGUACCUCAAGCCAAAGACCAGCGAUAGCCAGUUUCAGCGAAACAGAUCUUUUAUGGAGGGCUUGGAGCAAGCUGUCGACACUUUCAAUGCUGAAUAUCGACCCGGUGGUGCUGGAUUGAUGAGACCGCAUUGGAGUGUCGAAGGUGAGGUGGAGAGACCGUUUGAAACCAAGCCUGUCGAUAGAUCGGACUUCAUCACGGCAGCUCAAACUUUGGAGGGCUCCCAAGAUAUGGGCAACCAGUUGUUUUGUGCUUUGCUGCGUUCGGCUGGUGUCGAUGCUCGGGUCGUGUGUUCUUUGCAGGUACUGCCCUUUGCCAGCGUUGCCAAAGGUAGUACCCCAAAGAAGCCGGUGAAAGAGAUCAUUUUCGCCAUUGCUUCAUACGAUGAUCCGUCGAAGUCGAGAAAUACGGGCGACGACACGGCGGUCAAAGCUUCGUCCACAAUUGGAGAGGUGCCUGCUGCUCGCCGACGCCUUGGUCAACCGAGUUUCGCUUCCGCCGAAGGUUCCAAACCACCAACAACACCAAAGAAGAAAACCAGACCGGCACCGAAGCUAUCUUACCCUGUCUUCUGGGUCGAAGCAUUCAAUGAAGCCCAACAGAAGUGGAUUCCCGUCGAUCCUGUCACAACGCACACAAUCAACAAAGCCGCCAAGCUGGAACCACCUGCGUCCUAUGAAUAUAACCAACUUCUGUACGCUAUCGCAUUCGAAGACGAUGGCUCUGCGCGAGAUGUUACUCGCCGCUAUGCCAAAGCCUACAACGCCAAAACACGCCGCCAUCGAGUUGAAGCAUCCACAGACGGCGCCAAAUGGUGGAAGAAGACCAUGCGGCUCUGUCGGCGAGGGUACGGAAAGCUCGAUCGUGACCAGGUCGAGGACUCAGAGCUUGCGCAAAAGGAGGCGAGAGAGGGGAUGCCAGCGAAUGUGCUCGACUUCAAAGACCAUCCGUACUAUGCACUUGAGCGGCAUACGAAGCGACAUGAAGUGAUCGAUCCAAGAAGGGAAGUUGGCAAAGUCAAUGCUGGUACCGCAGCGAAGCCGAGGAUGGAAGCUGUGUUCCGAAGGAAGGAUGUGCUGGUCUGCAGAAGUGCAGACAAGUGGUAUCGGAUUGGAAGGGAGGUCAAGGAGGGCGAACAGCCGUUGAAGCAUGUGCCGGCUAGAAGAAGGAGACAGCAGUCAGUUGAGGAUGAGAGUGAGGAUGCUGCGUCCACAACAGGUCUCUAUGCGCCUUACCAGACACAGCUAUAUGUACCUCUUCCGGUACAGAGAGGUCGCAUUCCAAAGAAUGUCUACGGCAAUCUCGAUGUCUAUGCGCCAAGCAUGGUCCCAGCUGGAGGCGUGCACGUUCGACAUCCGUUGGCUCAGCGUGCGGCGAAGCUGCUGAGGGUUGACUAUGCGGAUGCGGUGACGGGUUUCAAGUUCCAGGGCCGACAUGGAACGGCCAUCGUGGACGGCGCUGUCGUUGCUCAGCAGUUUGAAGAAGCCGUUAGAGCGGCGAUUGAAGGCUUCGAACAAGAGCAGCUUGAAGAAGAGAGCAAGGCGAGAAGUCUGCUGGCGUUGAGAGUUUGGAAGCGAUUCUUGACUGGGCUGAAGAUCAGAGAGCGUGUAGAAGGGUAUGGCGAUGGCAGUAAGAAAGCAGCUGCGAGUGAAGAUGAGGAAAUGCCAGAUGCUGCUUUCUACGCUGGCCCGCUGGUCGAAGACGAAAGACCUCUCGUCACCGCUGGAAAGUUCACAAUCGACGAGCUUCUGGCACCGACGCCGAAACCAGCCCCAGAGAAGAGGAAGAGAGUUGUGCAUGAUGACGAUAGUGAUGAGGACUUCGCGCAAGUCUCGGAUGGAGAAGCUGAUUUCCAGCCUGGCGGCUUCUUUCCCAGCGAAGGCAUCAGGAACACACACAUGGCUGGUGGAUUUGUUCCUGCUGGUGAUGAUGAGCCUGGCGGAUUCGUGCUUGAUGGGAAUGAAGAUGGCGGCGGGUUCGUGCCCGAGGACCAUGGGCCCGGUAAGAAAGGAGGGUUUAUUGUCGACGAUGGGCGAGAUGAUGGAGGUGGAGGGUUCCUGCUCCUGCCUGAUGCUGAAGACGACGAUGGGGCUGGAGGUUUCUUGCCUGAGGAGGGACAGGAUCGUCAGGCUGGCGGGUUCCUCCCUGACGAGCCUGCCGUCGAUGACACCACCAAAGUUGCUUCUGAUUAUGAGGGCCUAAUACACACGAGCAACGCCAACGAUGGUCACGAAGACGACGACGACGACGACGACGACUUGUUUAGCGAACGCCCUAUACCUACUGGAGCGGAGGAGAGCGCUGCACCGGAUGGCGAUGCUCCUGGGAUGAACGAUGCCUCCGCUUCUUCACCCAAACGUACUAACGAUGGUAUUGACGUGGACAUGAAGGAUCACGGGGAAGAAAAGAAAGAGAGCAUGGAAGAAGUAGAAGUGGACAGCGACAGAGCCUCGUUACCUUCUCAUGACUCCGAAGACGAAGACGCCGAGCCGGAUUGGUUGGAUAGCGACUAA